AUGUCUGCUGGUGUGUGGGACCUGAUGCCGUCGAGAAGCCGGUGGAUCGAGACGCUGCGGCACUGCGGCAAAACGCUGCUGCGCCGACAGAGGCGGCUGCUAAGGAGGUUAAAGAAGGCGUACCUACACAGUUGGCGCUCUGCAGACGAGCUGAACAUGUUGGUGGGUGCGAAGGUCGGAGGAGCGACGCCACUAGUCAUCGCUUGCAGAAACGGUCAUUACGACGUCGCCGAAUAUUUAAUCGAGAGAUGUAAAGCAGACAUCGAACAACCUGGUUCAGUGACAUUCGACGGUGAGACGAUAGAGGGCGCUCCCCCGCUGUGGUGCGCCGCGGCAGCCGGGCACCUGCCGCUGGUGAAGCUGCUGGUGCGCGCCGGGGCCAAUGUCAACUCCACAACGAGAACACACAGCACGCCGCUCAGGGCAGCCUGCUUUGACGGCCAUUAUGAUAUCGUUAAGUUCCUAGUCGACAAUGGCGCCGACAUAGAAAUAGCAAAUCGUCACGGGCACACGUGUUUAAUGAUAGCGUGCUACAAAGGCCACAUUAGAAUCGCUAAGUACUUGUUAUCACUUAAUGCCGACGUGAACAGAAAGAGUGUAAAAGGAAACACCGCGCUACACGACUGCGCAGAGAGCGGCUCACUCAAUAUACUCAAAAUGCUGUUAGGGCACGGAGCUACUAUGGACGUAGAUUCAUACGGUAUGACACCACUCCUAGCAGCAUCUGUUACAGGACACACGCAUAUAGUAGAACACCUUAUAAAUGCUGAACAUGGACUUGUAACGAGACAACAGCGCAUCGACGCGCUAGAGCUGCUCGGGGCGACCUACGUGGACAAACGACGCGACAUGGUCGGGGCGCUCGCAUUGUGGAAGAGAGCCAUGGACGACAGAUUCCCUGCGGACGGUAGCGAACCCAUUCCCAAGCCUAAAGACGUCCCACGCAUAGAAGCUUACGAUUUUGCGGUGGAGCCCAGCAAUGCGCAACAACUAGAGGAAAUACUCGCCGACCCCGACGGCAUGCGGAUGCAGGCCUUGGUGAUCCGAGAGAGGAUCCUGGGCCCGGCGCACCCCGACACGUCGUACUACGUGCGCUACCGCGGCGCCGUGUACGCGGACGCCGGCCGCUUCGUGCGCUGCCGCCAGCUGUGGCACCACGCGCUCGACAUGCAGCGCGCCGUGCUGCCGCCGCUGUCGCCGCUGACGCAGUCGUCGCUGUACUCCUUCGCCGAGCUCUUCUCCUACAUGCUGGCCGAGCGCGCGCGCCCGCCGCUGCGCGGCCGCAUCGUGCCGCCCGUCACCUUCGAGGACAUCGAGCCCGUGUUCUCCAAGGCCCUGGACGAGAUCCACCGCGGCACGGAGCUGCUGGACUCCAAGCUCAGCAUCGACCGCGAGCAGACGCUGAGCACGCUGCAGCGAGUGCUCGUCAUCUCGCUGCACCUCGCCGCGCUCAUGGCCCGUCUGCUGGAGGAGCCCGACUGUACCGAGGACGUGUCCAGAAAGAUUCACAAGGCUGUAUAUUCACUCGUUAAGUUAGACAUUACGGUCCGGCAGGGCCGGUCCGCGCUGCACGUGGCGUGCUCGGCCGAGGGGGCGCGGGGGCGCGGAGGGCGCGCCUGGCUGGCCACUGAGCCCUCGCCCCCCGCGCCCCCGGCCCGCCUGGUCACGCUCAUGCUGCGACUGGGCGCGUCCCCGGACGCGCGGGAUGCCGACGGCAACACUCCGCUGCACCUCGUCUGCAAGCUGAACCCGUGCCCCGCGGAGGUGGUCCGCGAGUUGCUGGCGCACGGCGCCCACAUCGACACGGUGAACUACGAGGGCGAGACGGCGGAGCAGAUCCUGAAGGCGUCGUCGCAGAGCCUGUCGGGCAUGGUGAACCCGCUGCGCUACACGUCGCUGCGCUGCCUGGCGGCGCGCACGGUCAAGAACUACCGCCUGCCGUACCGACACGUGCUGCCCCUGUGUCUGUACUCCACGGUCCUCACGCACUGA